AUGGAAGCAUCAAUGGAAACAUCAAGUAGUGAUACUGUUGCUGUCAAACUGGAUACUCGGGUUUCUACUGCUGCUAUCAAUGUGCCCAUCACUACACUCCAUCCACAGCAUUUAUCCAUCGCUUUGCUACAAAUGGCUGACCGUUUAUCCAUCACUGCUCAACAACAGCUAUCUAAUUACAAAUCACUGUUAGUCAGUGGUACGGAUGCUACUCUACAGCACUCCCAGAUGAAUGCUGCUGCUUCAAUCAGAUGCUAUGAAGCAUUACUCUCUCCUUCAAUGCUGUCCGGACAAACGACUUCAUCCGCUUCUGGACACGCAACAGUUCCUUCUACUGCCAUGACUACAUGGAACAGAGUAUCUCCUACUAUUGAAGCUCAAGCAAGACUCGGACUGGCUCAGGUAUUGUGGCUGUUUACCAAGAGCGAUCAAGUGGUUGAGCAACAUCUUAUUAAAUCGCUGACCAACUCGCAUCACAUUUAUUUUCAAAUACUGGAUUUGAGACUCACAAUAAGCGAAGCCAGAAAGAACCAGAAAUAUUCUAUACAAAUAUUUAAACAAGCUACAGAAAAGUCCAUUGAACUAAAGCUAUACUCUUGGUAUUUUUAUUUUGUGGCUCGUAGGCUUAAUUUGCACGAAUCACAAAAAGAAUGGGGUGCCUAUCUGAAUACUGUUCAAAAGGCAAUCGUACAGGCUAAAUCUAUCAACGAUAUUGAAACAAUGGCAAGAUUGGAUGCAUUAAACAUUUCGAGAAAUCACAAAGAAGCCAUCAAUCUAUUGGCUUCAAUGCAUGCUCUUGUUGAGCAGAUCGAUACAACUGGAUUUAAGCAAUUGCAGCUGUUGGCAUAUUUACUGUCUGGAAUUGCACAUAAGCCGGAUGAUAAUUUCAAAGCAAAAGCAUUUCUUACAGAAGGAUUACGUCUUGCAAAUGGUGCGUACGAUGCCAAGACUAAUAGCGAGAUUGGUAACAUCAAGGUUGUGUUUAUUACACAGCUAUCUCAAGUAUAUAUUAUGAGAUCUGGCUAUAGUGAAGCAUGCGAGUUGCUGAAUACAGGAAUGCAAUGGUGUACGCGAAGCGACAUCUUGGUAGGAAAUAACGAGUACCAUUUGAAAUUUGGAUGGGCUCAGCUGCUUCAAGCUCUAGAAUUGAAUACACCUUCUAGUAUUCUAUUUUCUCAAAUUGAAAACUGCCAUCAGAAUCAGAUUGAAAAAUCUACAUUGACACAAAACCUUGUUCUUGCACAACUCGGUUGGUUGACGCCUUUUCAUCGGUAUAUCAUGAGCUAUUCUGCCAAUCCUCGAGAAAUUGUCAAUGUACUGAUUCCAAACGAAGCAUCUUUUAAAACGCGAGCGUUUGCGAGCCUGUUGCAAGGAUGUCUAAAAGCCAAUAUAGGAAAUACACAGCAAGCAAAACAACACAUUCUUGAAUCGUUCAAGCUUGCUGGAACAACCAUGUCUUUACAUCAUCGAGUAGUGUGUCUAGUUAUGCUUGCUAGUCUUUUUCAGCUUUCAGAGCCAGAACAAGCUGAAAAAAUGGCAUCUACUGCAUUAGCAUUAUCAAAGCGUGCUCAUUCUGAACCACUUCUUGUGUGCUGUAUGACACUACUAUCAUUUGUAGCAAGCCAAAAAGGGGAAACAGAAAAAGCUAAAACGCUUAGUGAUGGUGCGAAUCAACGAGUUUGCGCUAACCAAUCAGCCAUUCUUUCUGCUCGCAAGAUUCUUCCUGAGUGCAUCAAGUAUUGA